AUAGCAAUGGCGACUCGCAUGUUACGUUGUCGGUGUCGGUGCGAAAGAUUGCUUUGACGUAUCACGUGGAUGAGUAGUAUCAUCCAGUAUCAUCGAUCAUGAGGAACAACAAAAAAAACGUUAAAAAUAAGGAGCGCUCGGAAGAGGGAAAUAACAAAGAUAAACAACGCGGAAAGACGUUUGACAAAAAGAAAUAUAGAUUACAAAAGUACAGUAACAAAUAUAAAAUUAGCCAAUGGGAGGAAAGAAGAAAGAAAGCUGUGUUACGUGGAUUUUACAAGGAGCUCGAAAAGGAUCGGCAAAAUGUUGCUCAAACCUCAUCAAAUUUCGAAAAUACAUCAAAGAAUACGACUGAGGUAACAAGCACGUCCAAAAAGAAAGGCCAUGCCUUCUACAAAGCCAAACAGGAGUACCAGCGCAAAGCAAAUGAGAAAAAGAGGAGGCAAGAAGAAGCUGCUCGUACAAAAGCUGAACGAGAGGAAGCUUUGAAGAGAUAUAAGGAAAAGAAGAUACGCAACAUAAAAGUGCUAUCGCAGAAGACGAAAAAGGGACAGCCUGUCAUGAAGGGCAGAAUAGAAAUGCUGUUAGAAAAAAUACAGCGAAGUGUAACAUAACUUUGGCACACAUAUAAGCAAAACCAAUUAUAUUUGUUUAGGAUAUAGUAACUUGUUAUUUGUCUGGUUGGACUGCGAUUAAGUGAAAAUGAUAGCAAACUAGAAAGAAUGAUUUGUGCACAUUGUAAGAUAGUAUUCAGAAAAAUAUUGUAACAAUUUCAAUUUUGUUGAAUUAUGCAGGUUUCAUGGAUCAUAUUAAAGUUUUGUAAGAAAGGUUAAAUCUGUUAGAGAGAGAGAAAGAGAGAAAAUGUGCUGAAGUUUUCAGAUACUUUGUACAUAGACUUCAUUUAUAGCAAAGAUUUUCUGUUUAACUAAAUUUUUAAUAAAAUAAAUUUUUUAAACGCGUUCAUUUUCUUUGACUAAUUGUAAAUAUUUUCUUAUCUAGAAACAUUUGUGAUUCUUUUAAAAGAACCACACUUAGAUCCAAUUACGAAUUUUUCAGUGUUUUUGUUUCUAGCAAAGUUUUAUAUCGAAGUAUUAUGAUUUAGUUCGGGUUCAGAUUAGCAUUCAAAUUUAAAUAUAGGUGAAGUUACAGACG